AUGUGCGCUAAAAUCUUGAGUGUAACCGUUUUACUCGUGAAAGCGCUAUGCGUAGCAGGGCAGAUAAAGUCUGCACUGGAUGAUCUCGAAGAUGAACAACAUGUAGAGGAACAACAUGUUUGUGCCAAGGAUAGCGACAAAGACGAGACUAUGGCUGGCUUUCGAAAUGCUUCUCCUGAAGCUGCUGCUGAGGUCGAAAGCUACCUUGGUUUACUGCUGAAUGACGACGACGUCAUCAAAAGGUUUGAGAUUAACUUCCUCUAUCCAGAGUGGACGUCGAUGUACGUAAAUGUUGCCGAGGUAAUUCUUUUUUCAACAUGGUUUGGUAGAGAUUCUUAAUU